CCUGUAUCCCUCCUCCCCUCCUCUGACUAAGUUUACACUGACUUCACCCAGCAGGCACCUGACCCUCCCAGAUGAGAUGGGAGGGGCUAAAGUGAAGGGUACGGCCAUUGUGGGGUGGAGGUGCAGGCAGCAAACAAUAUUUAAGAUGCGGAGUUGGUAAAGCAUUCAGGCUUGGGACAGAGGGCUAUAGGAUACCCAAUUAAGACCCAUUUUCAGAAACUCAAGCUUUGAGAAGGCUAAGAAGGAGCAAGGAAAGAAAGAAGCCAACAAGACAGUCAAGAGUGAGUGUUAAGGUCAUAAUUUGCUGCAGUUUUGCAAACCUCAACUGGGCACAUCCAGAUUCCCCCAAAGGAAGAGAAUCCCUCACCCAGGUCUAAGAAUGAUGCUGGAAAAGACUCUCUCCACUGUGACCUGGCUCUGCAUUUUCAUCAUGGCCUUUGUUAGCCACCCAGUGUGGCCACAGAAGCCCCCUAAGCACAAGACACCUGCACAGUUCAAAGCGGCCACCUGCUGUGAGGAGGUGAAGGAGCUCAAGGCCCAAAUCACCAACCUGAGCAGCCUGCUGAGUGAACUGAGCCAGAAGCAGGAGAGGGACUGGGUCAGCGUGGUCAUGCAGGUGAUGGAGCUGGAGAGCAACAGCAAACGCAUGGAGGUGCGGCUCACAGAGGCUGAGGGCAAGUACUCUGAGAUGAACAACCAGAUCGACAUUAUGCAGUUGCAGGCAGCGCAGACUGUCACACAGACCUCGGCAGACGCCAUCUAUGACUGCUCUUCCCUCCACCAGAAGAACUACCGCAUCUCUGGAGUAUACAAGCUGCCUCCCGAUGACUUCCUGGGCAGCCCUGAGCUGGAGGUGUUCUGUGACAUGGUGACUUCAGGCGGCGGCUGGACCAUCAUUCAGAGACGGAAGAGUGGCCUCGUCUCCUUCUACCGGGACUGGAAGCAGUACAAGCAGGGCUUUGGCAGUAUCCGUGGGGACUUCUGGCUGGGGAAUGAGCACAUCCACCGGCUCUCCCGUCGGCCAACCCGGCUACGUGUGGAAAUGGAGGACUGGGAGGGCAACAUGCGCUAUGCUGAGUACAGCCACUUUGUUCUGGGCAAUGAACUGAAUAGCUACCGCCUUUUCCUGGGGAACUACAGUGGCAAUGUGGGGAACGACGCCCUCCUCUAUCAUAACAAUACAGCCUUCAGCACGAAGGACAAGGACAAUGACAACUGCUUGGACAAGUGCGCACAGCUCCGCAAAGGUGGAUACUGGUACAACUGCUGUACAGACUCCAACCUCAAUGGAGUUUACUACCGCCUCGGAGAGCACAACAAGCACCUGGAUGGCAUCACCUGGUAUGGCUGGCAUGGGUCUACUUACUCCCUCAAACGAGUGGAGAUGAAAAUCCGCCCAGAAGACUUCAAGCCCUAAAAGAAGGCCUGCUGGGGAAUGGAGCUGCAGGAUGCAGAAAAAUGGAGGCUGGGCAGAAGCAGAGGAGGGGAGGAAGAGUGUAUAGAAAGGGUAAUGAUGGAACAUGAUCUACAAUCUCCAACAAGAGAGUAAGUCUCAGAGGAACACAAUGGUUUGUACCAAGGAUGCUGCAGUAAAUGGGACAAGGUGUUUAAAACACAGUGGGUCCUGAGACAGACUUCUUUCUCAGGGGCCAGACUGAGGGACUUUCUGCUUGUGAUCCCUAACAUAACAGUAGUUUGUCUUUUCCACAUGAUUUUUCUGUGAAAAAACAUUAACUGUGAGGUCAAUUCAUCCAUCUUCUCUAAGGCCUAGAUUAUGUGAAGGCAGGAAACAAAUCCUUUUGCUAAAAAGAGCUAUUUAAUUUCAAUUCUCAAGGGAGAAGUUUUGGGUGCUAGAGAAAGGACAGAAAGAGUGUGGUGGAGGAGGGGUUUCCAUUUUUAAAUCCAGUAAAACUAUCUUCAGUCUAUACAUUUCUAUUAAAAUACAAAAAUUGUCCUGCUAGAGUUCAGCGGACCCAGGUGGGAACAGGGCCUUGCAAUCAGACUCUCAGCCCCCCGCUGCUGGCCUUAAUCACGGCACAGCACUGAAAGGAACUGGUAGGUUUAGCAGUUUCAGGGGAGCACCAAAGGGCAUGGGCAUAAGUCCUUCACAGACACUUGCACAAAAUGGCCUUAAAAUAUUCACAGUCGAUACAGACUUAUCUCUAUUUGCUUUGUCAGGAAAGAGCCCAAAGGACUUCCUUCAUUUAUCUUGUGUGUAAGAAACAGCUGAAAAUGAGGGUAGGUGGCGCUAUGGUAAUAAUUCAUGCUGUACACAAGCACCUUGCUUUGUAAAAAUAUUACAGUUUGUGUUUUACAUGUUCAAAGUUUAUUUUCCUUCUACAAUAAACUCUUUUAAAACUUGUUUGUUUUCUUUUUUAAUUCUUACACCAUUAUC